UAAAAAAUAAAAAUAAACACACUGUUCUGAACACCUCCCCGCUGUAGCUUCCUGUGGGAAUAUGAUCACAGAUAUGUUUUUCUAGCUUUAUGAUGAUGGAGCUUGGACCAUGACAAUGCGCGCCGUGUGAGUGUGACGUAGGCUGGCGGAGGAGAAAAAUACAGACAAGCUGAGGACAGAGGGAGGAAGAAAAGAAGAUGUGAGAGUGAGGGAAGAGGGGGAUGACGGUGGGCUUGUUCUCAGACGCAGGGAUGUGUGCGUGUACCCGGGGAGCCGCUGUGGACUGAGGAGGCACAAAAGAGCAUCUCCUCACACACCGUGUUUAAUUGCUGGAUUAGAGGGAAGGGGGGGAGGAGGAGGAGGGAGGACAACAAGGAGACGCUCUUUAUUUAUUAGGAGAAGAGCCGAGGAGGAGGAGGACGGGGAGGCAGAGACAGCGUGAGCCCCGGAGACGACACAGACCGUGGCGGCGGCGGUGCAGGCGGAGCACAGCAGCGGGACGACACCGACGGUCGGCGGCGUCGCUCGGAUGCUGUGGUCGCCUCCGCUCCGGACGCGGCGACGAUGCGGCCACACUGCUGGAUGAUGGUGGCGCUGGCGGGGAUCAUGUCGUACCUCAGCCCGGAGAGAGCGCUCGGAGCCCCGCAGAGGGAAGUCUCUCAAUCUAGGACUGCAUCCCUCUCUCCACCACCCUAUGUCGUCAUCCUCAUCUCUUGCUCUGGGCUGGUCUCUUUCGUCCUAUUGCUCCUCACCUGCCUGUGCUGUAAGAAAGGAGUGGGGUUCAAUGUAAGUCUUCAACAUGAGUUUGACAAUGCGGACGGGGAGGAGUGCUCCGGAGGGUCCAGCCCCAUCCAGGAGGACAGCCUGUCGUCAUGUCCCUCCCUCCCCGAGGUUUACACCUUACCAGUCAGAGACAGGUCCACCUGCCCCGCCCUGCAGGAGGGAGCAGACUCUAAGUCUAAGUGCUUCAAAAGACACACUUUAAACUACCUUCAGGAAAUAGGAAAUGGCUGGUUUGGAAAGGUGAUCCUGGCUGAAGUGCUGUGUGACUGCAGCUCCUCUCAGGCUGUGGUGAAGGAGCUGCGUGUCAGUGCCAGCCCUCUGGAGCAGAGGAAGUUCUUGGCUGAGUCCGAGCCGUACAGGAGCCUUAAACAUCCCAACAUCCUUCAGUGUUUGGGGCAGUGCAGUGAGAACAUCCCUUUCCUCCUGGUUAUGGAGUUCUGUCAGCUGGGUGACCUGAAGAGGUAUCUGCGAGCCCAGCGCAAGUCAGAUGGGAUGACUCCAGACUUGCCGACUCGGGAUUUGCUGACUCUUCAGAGAAUGGCUUUUGAGAUCACCUCGGGCCUGCUGCAUCUCCACGAUAACAACUACAUCCACAGUGAUUUGGCUUUAAGAAACUGUCUGCUGUCCUCCGACCUCACUGUGAGGAUAGGCGACUACGGCCUUUCACACAACCAUUAUAAGGAGGACUAUUACCUAACUCCAGACAAGCUAUGGAUCCCACUGCGCUGGAUUGCUCCUGAGCUGCUGGAGGAAUACAGAGGAUCUCUUAUCGUUACUGACCAGACCAAGACCAGCAAUGUGUGGUCGCUGGGCGUGGUGAUAUGGGAGCUCUUUGAAUUUGGCUCCCAGCCCCACAGACACCUAAGUGAUGAAGAGGUGCUCACCUUCGUUAUUCGGGAGAGACAGAUCACGCUGGCCCAGCCCAGACUCAAACUCUCCCACGCAGACUACUGGUAUGAGAUCAUGCAGUCCUGCUGGCUACCUCCAUCUCAGCGUCCAUCUGUAGCUGAGAUAUUCCUCCUCCUCUCCUCCCUCCUGGCCGCAGAGCGAGGAAUGUCCAGGGGGAGUGUUGGGGAAGAGGAUGAAGAGGACGAGGAGUAUGAGGAGGGCAGGGGAAGGAGAGGCGAGAGCGAGGAGUCGUUUGAAAGACGCUGGGACUUACUUCGACCACCUGCCUUCCAGACUGCAGCAAACGAGCGGCAAAGGGAGAGACUGUACGGCAGGGAAGACAGAGACAACUCCUACCCCCUGCUGGACCCGGUGGGGAACUGUAUCACCCCGUCCUCGUCUGAAUUGGACGACAUCCUGACGGUGACGGAAACUAGCAAAGGAUUGAACUUUGAGUAUUUCUGGGAGAAGGCUCAUGCCAGACGAGGCUACAAACCACUUCCUCCUCCUCAGCCAAUCCCUACUGUGAAUAAUAACCACAGACAGUCUUUGGACACUCCCACUGUGGUCCCGGUUAUUAGCGCUCGCAGUCCCUCCCUCGCCAGCGAGUACUACAUUAGGUUAGAGGAGCACACUCCCCAGGACAGGUCGCCAACUCUAAAAGGGAUGACACAGUCCUCUUUCCGCUCCGACUCGAUUUGCCCUGGAGACGUGGAGCUGGUGGAGAUUCGCAGUGGGUUGCUGGGUAAAGAACGCAUCCCGUAUUGUUCCUCUGACAAGUGUGGGAAGGGGCUGCAGACGGUCAGAUCCAGCGAGGUUCAGCUCCAGGUGCCUAACACAGGUGUGGCAGAGUUCAGAGACACUUCCAGCAGAGUGACUGACUUCUCAGUGGUCGAUUUAGGGGACGACGAAGAGGAGGAGUACAAGAAGAGCAGUGAGGGAGAUAAGAAAUCCUCAUGUUCCCAAGCCCCAGUCCUCCCUCCCAAACCUCGCUCUAUGUCCAUGUCAUCAGCCAAUCACCUUCACUCACGCCCCCUUCCCGCCCCUCCGCUCGGAUACAGAGGACUGCCUCACUACAGCAUUACCGGUAAAAUCGAGACAGACCCCCAUCACAUGAGCAGCUGUCCACCUUCUACUUUUGAUCACUUUGGGCUCCAUCGCUCCAGACAGACUCUACCCCCAUCCCCGUCCCUCUCCCCGUCCCUCCCCCCGUCCAGCCAUCCAAUUUACCCUCAGCCUCCUCAAAUGUGUCCUCCUCCUCUCCCUCCCCACUCCAAACCACAAAGAAGCUGCCCCAGCUACAAUGAAUUUUACUCCAGAUACAGUAAGCCGCAGAUGCAGAGAUGCAAUAGAGACCCACUAUCCUGUGACUUGUCACAUAGAGAGAGUGUCACCAGACAUGCAGCAUCGUUGCACAACUCCAAGGAGGCUUCUCAUACACGUGCAAAAGCCUUCGAUUCCCCUGUUCGUCGAGAAAACCCUUUGCGUCCUAUUUAUCGCAAUCUACCCCGCCCCCAGACUGAACGCCAGUCUUCGUCCAGCCCCACCUACUCAGACGAGGAUGACUCUCCCUUCAUGUCUCCUGAGAGACCCAGCCCUGCGACGACUGUCCCCCACUCCAGCCUGUCUGAAGACGCAGACCCAGCCAUUUCCGACCUCUUCUACAGGGGAAUGAAAAGGACGCAGUCUCGGCUCGACACUAUCCUCCCCGCCAUUUGGAAAGAAGAUGCUGAACUUCAGGCCGAACGUGUAGCCGCAGCGAAAAAAUCCCCUAUGCAUCUGUUUCUGACAGAAAUAUCCACUGUGACAGAGUCCAACGAGUCCAAGUCCGAGGCUCCAUGGGAGGGAGCGAAAGAGGAGAAAAGAGAUGGAGAGGGAUGGGGGAACUUUGUCUUGCCCAACAGAGGGAUGCGACGUUCCCAGUCUCUGAUUACAGAGCUGGGCUCAGUGGGGCAGUCGUGGGGGCAAGAGAAACAUAUCCACCAGACAGGAGCUGAGGAGGAAUAUACAGUUACUAAAGAAUCACUUCAGAGGGAACUUUUCCUCACAGAGAUCGACACAGGGAGGAUGGAAGCAGAUGUGGAGGAAGGAUCAAGCAGUGACCCAGUAAAAUACCUCUAUCCUGCAGGAUCCAGAUUACGGCCAUUUGUCUGCCCUCCAGGCUUUCCCUCAUGCACUGAGGCUGAGGAGGCGUAUUCAAAGGGUAUACGCAGGUCUCGUUCUCUACUCUCUGAGAUCACCAUCAGCAAGCAGGAGUCGGAUCUACAGCAGACUGAGAAGGAGCCACGGAGAACUGAAAUGACCAGGGAGGAGUUCAUGAAGGAGAUCCAGUCGGCAGAGACAUUUUUGACCGAAAUAAUAUCAAGACAAAACGCUGCAGCAAACAGGAAGGAGGCCGAACCCGCUUCCUCUCCUACUCCACUAUCACCUGAAUACGAGUCCAUAUGCAUUGACCCAAACUCCACACAGACCAUUAGUUUUCAGUCAGAGAGCUCCAUGCGAAGCAAAGGCAAAGAUGAAGUGCAAACUGAGGCCAUCUAUGCCCAAGUGACCAAGCGUGCUAAAAAAAGCGAGAUAAAAGUUUCCAUCAGACCUGAGAUCCCAAUCCUUCACAUAGGAUCUAACAAACAGAAUCUCAAACUGGACAGCGAUGCCGGAAACGAUGCCGACCACUGCCAAUCUGGUGAGUUUGUGUUUUCAGAAAUCAUGCCCAAAAACGGUUUACUGCACAACCAGACGCUUGCAUGUCAGAAGGAGGAGGAGUGUGUGGAUGGCCCUGCUUUACCCGCCAGAGGAGAGCAAACAGAUCCCCCAGAGGAAUCUUCUCUGGAGUCCUCUGAGAAUGUUAAAGAAUCCAACACUGUGAUACUGCGUGGGAACCAAUCGCUUUUUACACAUGAGGCAAAUACUCAAAAGGCUGCUGUUGUAGGGAACGGUGAGAUAGUGAUGGAAGACCUACGGGCCAUUAGUCCUGAGGGAGGAGAUCAAAUAUGUGGAAAGACUGAAACCCCGUCACAUGAUCCUGAGAAAGAAGAGAACCACACUGAUAACAUUUCUGCAGCAGCUGAUUUGGAGAACUCAAAUAAUGUGAGUUCUCAAAAUGACGACGAAAGCUUUGUAAAGACAAAGACAGAAAAUUUACUUCACUUCGAUGAUCGCGGCCCAGAAAAAUACUGUCAAAAGGCAGCCACUCCUGUCGCCACUCCAACCACUCCAGACUGGGACCCCUCCUCUGAUGUCUCACUCGUCACCUCCACAGACUCGGUCCUGUCACCUAUGACUUCCAGCUCGGCCGACUGCCUCACACCUAGUGACUCAUGGACGGGAGUAGUGGGAAGCAGUGGGUGGCGAGCGCUGGGAAAUGAAACACCUCAUCGAGACUCUGCCUAUUUCUCAGACAGCGACUGGGAGGGUGACGGGACGAACAGGAGGAGCAGCGAUGGACUCAACGCCUCAAGGCCGAGCAGCGGUCGAGGAGGAGAUCGGGGAAUACUGACAGGGAUUGAGGAGAAAACUGAGGAGGAGGGAGAGUUUUGGGAAAAGAGUCCUUUAAGAACUGGAACUGGAAAAACUGUCAUGACGUGUGAAGAGAAGGGUAUCACAAUUAAAAAUACAGAAAAUUGCUUCUCUAAUUUAGCUGAUGACAAAGAUAUUCUUAGCAAAGGGCUGCAGUCAACACAGAGAGACGAUUCUGGCAUUUUCCACGACGACAGCAAAAUGUCAACAUUGCUGCGUGACGAUCCCCAGGCCAAGGACUGCGUUGACAUUAUUGACAAGUUGUUCCCUAAAUUAGACGAUGAGCCACUGAAAGGGCUGCCACACAGUAGUGUAGACAGCCACUACACAGAUGGCAUCGUCUCCCAGAUAACAGAUUGCAGAUACCAGGACUCUGAAGAUAACGAUUCCAAGAGCCUCACUGAGACAGACGUUGUGAUCAAGUCUGUAUCUGGUCAAUCCAAAGACUGCAUGUUAAGAUCAAGCAUCAAAGAUGACACAGGUGUUUCAGAGAUAGAUGUUGAUCUCUCUGCACUGAAUUCCCUCAAACAUGGAAGUGACACUGUGGAAAAUGGAGAGUCCAGAAUAUCUCAACUGUACAGCAUUACAAGCAGUAACGCCGUACUCGCGGAUGAAGCGCAGUCAGUGGUUGAGCCAAGUGAUGAUGGGAAGUCUGACAGUGAUAAAGCGAGUGAACUGAGGUGGGAUCAGGGGGAUGAUGAAGACCCGGAGAGACGUGAAGAAAGGCCUGGUGUCGACCACAAUGAGCUGGGCCUGAGAAACCUCUGCUUCUCAAACAGCACUGAGGAAAAGAAGACGUCUACAGAGACGGAGAAACAGCUGGCUGCUGCAGAGAUGAGUAACGCCAUGAAGGAAAAGUCGCCCAUGAAAGGACGAGCAAGUGGCGGUGACUCUCCUAACGAUGCGGAUACAGAUUCCUGCGAGGGCCUGGAUGUUAAAUCUAAAGAGUUAUGGAGUGCUCUGGAGGACGAUGAAGAAAGAUCAGGCUCUGACGUGGUCAGAGGAGAGUUCGACUGCCACCGUUUCUCACAGUCGGGGGACUUGCGCUUGUGGCCCGAUGAAAAUGACCAGUGGGCGUCUCCGGAGAAGAGGUGCCAAGAUAUGGAGCUCAGAGCUGAAUUCUUCUCUGGCUUCAGUAAUAAAGCAUGGGAGGUGGGGGAGAGGAUCGUGGUGGGUCAGGAGUUUUGGGAGACUGAGGAAAACGAUGAACUUGCAGAAAGUGAACCUCACCCGGCUGUCCAGGAGGGUUGUGAAGAAACGUGGAACGAUGAAACACAAGGACUGACCUCUAAUCUUAGCCUGAAGGAAGACAUUGACCCGGAAGACAAAGAAAACCAGCCGGCUUCCCAAUCAGUACACAUACAACAGGAUGAAAAUAUUGAGGAUCUUGGAGAAAUUGACAGUUUUAACAAGGAGCUGAAAGGAGAAAUCUCAGAUAUUGAAGUGGAGAAUAUAGAAAUCCCCGAGCAGGAGACCUCAGAGGAAAGAGAGAGGCAGAUUUUAUCAUGCACAGAGACGGUCGAGUACGGGGAAGGUCGGCUAGACUCCACGGAGAGAGAGGAGAAUCACAAUUUUAACAGUUGGCCUCAGAAUCACCUCAGCGAGAUCCAAACGGAGGAGCAGGCAUCAGCUGAGCAUGGUGACCAGGAAACUGGUUCUAAUGUCGAUGACUACUUAAGUCACACUCAGAAUAACAGCGCCAAUAUAUCAAUUUGCAUCACAGAAGCUCCUCAUGUGAACUUUGCAGACCUGGAAAAUGAAGAAUCAGGUUUAGAAUCAGAGGCUGAAAUGAGACCACAGCCGUCUGGCGAGUACAUAGAAGAUAGACUUAUCUUCAUGAACACAGAGGAGGAUUACAGAGACAUUCAGGCAAAUCCCAUCUCUUCUCCCUGUGACCUUGACUCACAGGAGGAGAUAGAUCCACAGGUUGAUAAUUUCAGCUCCGUCGAUUUUCCAAGUCCUCCACCGAGCAUAGACCUUGAUGUGCAAGAUGAUAAAUUGGAAAGUUUGGACGACUCGUUUCCUAGUCCACCGCUAUCUGUUAUCGAGGCAGAGGACUUCAUUACUCACAUUAAUCUAGACGACUUUAUUGCCAGCACUGACAUUGAGCCAUAUAUUUCCCCACCUCACAACACAGAUGUCUCACAGCCUCCUCUGCAAGAAUCCCCCCCUGCUACAACUCAGAGUAAAGGGAUCUUGUCCAACCUGAACCUGCCCUCUGUGCAUAUAACAAUGCAUGAUGACAGCGACUUUACAUCCAACAGUGAAAGUCAGGAGGAACAUAAUGACCUCUCCCAGAAAACAUCACCCACCACCCCCACUGUACCCCAAGCUCCUCUCAACAAUCUCCCAGAACUAUUGAUUUCUGAGUGGAAAGAUUUGGACGAAGAGCCCCUGGAGGAUUUUGAAAAACUGGAGCAGUUGUGCUGCAUAUCUGGGGACGAGGAGGACGCUCUGGGGGAGCUUUUCUUGGGGAACCUGGAGCUCCUGGAAUCUUUGAAGAAAUCCCCUGAUCAGAAAAGUGGCAGCUCCGGGGAUCAGGAUACAAGUGAGGAGAUUUGCGGCUCGUCUCCUCCCGGGGAGAGCAGGGUGGAUUUGAAGGAGGAUGGCGUCUCCAAUAACCUUGAUAAUCUGGGGGAGUCUGCACCACCCAUGAUCCUGGAUUCACAGGAGGUGAGCAAUGACGAGCUGAGAUCCUCAGUCCAGACAUCUGACGUCAAAGACCAGGGAUCUCUGUCCAAGAUGACGACGAAGAACGGCCUAAUGAUGCAGGUGUGUGAGGAGAGGCUGCAGUUCUCCCUCUGUGAAAAUGUGAAAACAAAUGUGCUUUGGGGAGCGACUGUGAAAGACACUGUAACGCUGCGGCCGUGGGGAGAACAAAUCUCAGAGAGCAGCAGGCUGGUCACUGUGAAAGAGCAGCAAGACGAUGAAAGUCAAGAGGAGCAGGAAACUGUUCCCAGCUUUCAACCCGACAUCGACGAACAUGAAGAACCUAAAGAAGAGCCGCUCACUGUGAUUGAACAACCUGAGGUUCCAACACCUCAGCCCACUGCAAACCUGGCAAUGAAAGAACAAACGAAAACCAUGCAGACAAAGAAAAAAAAGAAGAGCACAACAAAUAAAUAUGUGCCAAACAAAUGCAAAGCAAAACUCGCUCGUCUGUCUCUCGCCCUCCCUCCUCUCGCUCUGACUCUCCCCCUCACCCCCACCGGUAAAGGAGGAUUUGGGGAUGGGCCGAUUGGAAACAGGAUUGGAAGGCGGAGAGGUCUGUCGUCAGGGAGCGACCCUGACGACGAUGAGGAGGAUGAACCGGAGGACGAAAGCUCCCGGAGGGUGAUCGUCGUCACAGAAACGGACGUGGACAAACGCGUUGGGCUGAGGAGUCUGCUGAAGUCCCCCAAGGAGCCGAUGGACAGAGAGAGGGACAGAGGACGAAAUGUGUCCUUUUUUGAUGAUGUCACAAUCUAUCUUUUUGAUCAGGAAACCCCAACAAAUGAGUUGAGCUCUUCAGCACCCACGAGUCCAGCCGGCGUUUCUGUCAAAAGCAACAAGUUGGAUUUUCAUGGGCCAAACAUCAAAAGCAAAGAUUCAAAGAGGAAAGAGGAUUUAUCAUUAAAACCAAGGUCGCCUGUGGGGGCCAAUCCAGUGACAUCAUCGCGCUUCACAGUCAGCCCUGCUAACGACCCCCACUUGGUGUAAUGUUAGGUGUCGUCGUGGGGACCUUCAGAGCUGAACCCUCUCGGACUGGCCAGUGAAUUAACCACAACAACCAGCCAUUCGCCCAGAGGCUAUUUUUUUAUUGAAUAGGCAACUGAAAGAAAGAGACUCCCGUUCUUGAGGCUGGACACAUUCCAGGUUUUACCAGCAACAGGAUUUUGUAUGACAGGGGCUGCUGUGCUCCUGCCUGCCAUUGUUUACAGAGUUUAUUCCGAGCCUUUGGCUACAAGAAGUCUUUGCAAAAGGCAGCAUAUGCUAAGAGAAGAGGAGCCUGGAGCUUUGUAAAAUCUGAAACUGAUUUGACAGCUAUGCAGUGGGAGUCUUGCUGUGUACCAGCUUACCUUCUCUUUUAUGCUUCAUUCUGUUGUAUUAUUCCCCAGAUGUGCGGGGAGUGCACUUUCUUUAGUCAUUCAUCUGUCUAUGUAAACGGUUGGAUUCCAGUCCUCUCUUUAUUAAACAAGUUGUUUGUUGCAGUCAGUCAGUUGUUCUUGUAGGCAGCAGUUUAAAUCCGAAAUCGCUUUUCUCCUCGAUUUGAGAAUACUCAUUUACAUUUGUACAAAUACCAUAAUACAAGUGUAUACAGUAUCAUUUUAGAGCUGUUUACUUUUAGAUGUAUUCUUAGACUGCACGGAAAAUCAAACAAGCUAUGUUUCUUAAAAUGUUUAGUUCUAAAAAGGUUUAUCUUCUAUUAUUUAUUAUUCUGUAUUUAUUUAUUUAAUUUUUAUCCUUUUUAUGUAAAGCCAGUUUCCAUGCAAUAUUUUAUUUAUUUGAUUAUUUAUUUACUUAUUUACUUAUUUACUUAUUUAUUAUUCAAUUUAUUUAUUUGCUUUGGUGCAAUUAACAUAUAUUAACCUAACUGUAAUUUGUUUGGGACAGAAUGCAUCUAGGUUAUAUCCUCUGUAAGAUCUUCAUGACAUAUAAAUCGAAAAUAUUUUCCCAAACGUAUUAAUUGCUAAAAGAAGUAUUUUGUAUAAUUUAACUUGUUAAUAUAUGCUCAUCUGUAUGGAACUACGUCCUGUAAUGUUUGAUUCUUUUCCUAUGUCUAUGGAUUUUUAGCUGUCUCGUCAUUCUUUUACCUCGUUUAAAGACAGUUAAUGUAGCUUAGCAUGAAAAAUGGAAGCCAUCUGUUUGUGUAUCUGUUAAUUUAUGCCAUUUUCUACUAAUAAGAGUCCAUCAUGCAGUCGAGGUCCAUUAGUCCAUUUGUUUAGUCUGUUUAAAUGUUGGUUUAAAACCUGUAUUGUUUCAAGAAUGGUUUUCAAGGGGUAAUGUAUAAACAAGGGGAAAUAAAAACCACAAAAAUGUGAACCUCUUAUCGAACUGUUUCAUGACAAUAAAUCUCUUUGUUUUGUUA